AGAAUCGUAGUUAACAUGGAGGAACUGGUGUAAGAGUGAAAAUGGAUAUUUCGACUUACGCAAGAUGACGUCCAUUGAAAUCCAUUAAGGGCUACUAUUGGUAUCUAGAGUUAACUCGUAACUGGACCUGUUAUGCAUAUCUAUACAUUGGUGCACCGUUUAAAAUUAGGGCUGUAAUUAAUGCUUCAUGUGACAAGUUCAAGUUUUGCAUGCUUGACUGAGCAAAAGGGAAACUGGUCUGUAAGGUCAAUUAUACUUGAAAACAUCUUGGAUUUCUCAAGAAGAGAGAAGGCAACUUGUUCUUUUUUUAUUGGUGUUUGAUUCUGAACUUAUACACUGUGUGGGAAAACAUUUUCUUGAAAGCAAUUAAAAGGAGAAACUCAUAAUUGUUUUUAAACUUCUGAGUACUUUCAAGAUCAUGAAGAGACCAAAUAAACAUCGACAACUCCAAUUCUUCAGCCUCUUUAGUAGGAAACCUAAAUCAAAGUCAAAGCUAGAAAUGUCCACAGUUGCUGUUGAUGGAGUACAUCAAAAGCCAGAAAGUGAGGAUGAGAAAAAGCUGCCCUGCGCCAACAAGACGAUUCAUUCCUCCACAUCAGCCAGCAAUGAACAGUUAUUGGGCACUUUAGAGUGUCCACUCUGCCUUCUCAGCCAGCCCCGAUCCCACUUCCCAGAGAUUAUCUCCUGCCAUCAUCGUUCUUGUCUGGAUUGCUUACAACAGUACCUGAAAAUUGAGAUUUCUGAAAGCAGAGUUAACGUUGCCUGUCCAGAAUGUUGCGAGUUGUUUCAUCCAUCGGAUAUUCGUAUGAUUCUAAACAAUGAUGCUUUAAUGGAAAAGUAUGAAGAAUUUAUGUUGCGAAGGUUCCUCGCGUCUGAUCCAGAUGCCCGUUGGUGCCCUGCGCCUGAUUGUGGUUUUGGAGUCAUUGCCAGUGGAUGUGCAACCUGCCCAAAGCUGAUAUGUGAGCGUUCAGGCUGUGCCACAGAAUUCUGUUACCACUGUAAACAGCUCUGGCAUCCGGACCAGACCUGCAGUGAGGCUCGAAAGCAAAGAGAUGCAUUCAUGGCUGGAAUAGAAAAACACUCUACCUCUCUUAUUAAUAGUGAAGAAUCAGACAAUGCUGAAGAGAUCAAGCCUUGCCCCCGAUGUGGUGCUUUUAUCCUGAAAAUGAAUGAUGGGAGCUGUAACAGGAUGACAUGCGCUGUGUGUGGCUGCCAGUUCUGCUGGCUGUGUAUGAAGGAGAUCACAGACUUGCACUACCUCAGUCCCUCUGGUUGCACGUUCUGGGGAAAGAAACCAUGGAGCCGGAAAAAGAAAAUUCUCUGGCAAGUGGGCAUGUUGGUUGGUGCUCCAGUUGGAAUUACUUUGAUUGCUGGCAUUGCUGUUCCCUUUAUGAUGGUUGGGAUCCCUAUCUAUGUAGGCCGAAAGAUUCACAGCCGUUGUGAAAAUAAUAAGGUAUCAAAACACAGGAGACGACUUGCUGUCGCUGGAGGAGUAGUUUUGUCCAUUAUUGUAUCCCCAGUCUUAGCUGCUGUGACAGUGGGUAUUGGAGUACCAAUCAUGCUUGCCUAUGUUUAUGGUGUUGUCCCAGUAUCUCUGUGUCGCAGUGACUGGUGUGGAGUUACUACUGCAAAUGGGAAAGGAGUGAAGAUUGAAAUAGAUGAAGAUGUUGCUUCUGUUAAUGAGCCAAGACCAAGACUACAUAACCACAGCAUUAGUGGAAGCAGUGUUCAAGAGGUGACCAGUGGACUGAGUGUGAGCGGCAGCAAUCUAGACAGAGCAGGCGUCAAACUAGAAAACGACCAAUCGGCAAGCACUGUGGCAUUAGCAGGGAGCAUGCUCAGUACAGAACACGAUGCCUCAAACAGGGAAGGAAAAAACAUCGAGGUCCACGUGGACAUUGAAACUGAGCCUGGGGGUGUCAAGGACCGAAGCAGCAGCAGUUAUUUGUCUGUUCACAGUUUGUCUAUGGAAUCACCACACUGCUCAAGGGAACUAUUGUGUGGGACCAGCCCAAACACAGAGCGGAUCUCCAUUCAGACCUGUGUGUGAAGGAGUUUAAAUUAUGUUCUUUUAAAUUCGAAAUUCAGUGCUUCUACCCCCUAAAAAUGCCAAGAUAUAUACUAGUAUGGUGGAAUAGCUGAGUUUUUACACUAAUAAAAUGCCGAUCCACUAAAUUUAUUAAAAUACUCUACCUACUUGCCUCGAUACCUGUAAAUGUUUUGUCUGACAUUGCAGCUCUUUCAUCAGCCCUUAGCCCUUAGAGAACAUCCAACAGGUCUUGAGUGUUUUUCUUUGGUACACCAUCAAAAAAAGGGUAACUUUUUUUUCCUAAAAGUUUGUGACCAAGUCUAACUAUUUAUUUGACCACCAUCCCCAUUUACCUCUUUCCCCAAUUCUUUUUAGACUUUAGACAUAUCAGGGCUUUUUUAGAAUCUGGAACUUGUUUUUUGUUCAAGAAACAAAAACUAUCUGAGGUUCUCCCCCCUCCCACCACAUCGUGAAGUGGUGGAUUUUUCACAGAAUUGAAUCUGCGAUACGUUUUGGAUUAUACAAAAUAACUUUCUAAAAUGCAUUCAAAAUGUUGCUGCGGUGUUCACUGAAUUGUCAUGAUCUUGCUUCCCCUAAAAGAUGAUGUGUAGUUUUUGGCCCCAUUCUAUGUACAAUGGUUGAUGUCUAGCUCAAAUAAUUGUGAGAAAUGCGGUCGGUGGAGUACAGGGAUAGUAAAAACUAUCUUUCAAUUAUUUUGUUGCUGUCACUUUACAUUUGCUUUAACUGUAAUGAAUAUGAACUCAUUCCUAAGGCCAGCCAUUUAUCUGUCUUUUCAAAUGUUCUCUGAGUCCAUCCUGUAAGCAUUGAGCAAAUGUGGGUGGUAACUUAUCUCACACAUCUAACCUGUCAUUUACGUAACCACUCAAUCUAUUAGCCAGUUUCAAAUGUCUAUAAAUAAAAAUGGCGAUGAAUGAGAAUAAGUUCAACAUUUGAAUAUAAUGUAUGCUUCAAGUAUUCAUAAAUUGAAGUAUUUGAUAAAAUAUUGUGUGCUCUUGAGAAUGGCCUAUAUAAAGUGUUACAGUCAGCACUACAUGUAAAAUGAAAAUUCUAUCAAACUCUUCAUAUACAGUUCACUGCAGCCUUUGAGAAGUCAUGCAUAAGUAUUUUGAUGGAGAUAUCUAAUGUGCCCCCAUCCAUUUUCUCACCACAAUUUUUAACACAAUGUCUGCCUAGUCUUGAGACAUGACAUAUGGCCUCUAAACAUAUUUUAACCCUUUGGGUUAAGAUGUGACAUUUUGUGAGUGUUCGAUUGCUGGGAAUUUCUGGGACUUGAAUUGACACCCAGGCUCCUUUCGCAUUGAGUGAUUAACAAUCCAAGUAAACUCUUUCUGAUGAACCUGCAUUGAAGCUUAAACUUGAAAAGGAAAGUUCUGUUGUUAGACACAACAGUACAUUAACUCAAACUUUUCUCACCUUGCUAGGAAAAAAAUUGCCUCUCUUCACUGAGCAUGGACUUCACUGGUGUGUGACAUUGACAGCAGCUCUUAAGAUGUUCUAUUAAUGAAACCAGAUUUAUUGGUGUAAAAACUCAGUUGUAAGGUGUUUUUUUAAAAAAAAGAAGGCAAAUUUCACAGGCUGAAAAUGCUUUUUCUAAUCUUUACCAAUUGAGGGGGAAUUGUUUUGUGAAGUUCUAUGCUACUCUGACUGUAGAAGUAAUGCACAGUGAUUUUCUGAUUUUCUUCAGGAUUGAAUAUGCCACCUGGCUGUGGCUCAUCAAAGCCCCUGGAAUCCAGUUUAACCUUCUGCAUUCAGUUUCAAAGCUCAACCGCACUACACUGAAGCUAUAAUUCCCAAUACUGUGCAGUGACAAUUAUCUUCUGCGUGGAAUCAAAAAACGGGCUGAAAGACGACUGUGCAGUCUCUGCUGGCCAAGUCUAGGAUUGCACUAGCAAUGCAGUUAUUUACCAAGCUUGAAGCUGCAAUGCAAUGCCAAUGUUUAACCAGAAGUACGGUUAUAAGCAGUACAGAAUCUGAGUUAGCCUACCCUUUUCCAUAUGAUAUCGGAUAAGAAUUCUAUGAAGUAAUCCAGAGACCACAAAGUGCCAGAAAUGCUUAUGUUUGGUAUGUGGACUUUGUGUAGAAAAAUUGAUUUAGAAUCAACAUUAAGAGACCUAAAUAAUUAUAGGAUUGUGCAGAUUAAAGCAAAAGCUACAGCAAACAUUAACAUGAAGCAACCGCAUGUCAACAUCUGAGUGCAUAAUAGCAGCAAAUAAGUUAAUUCAGUAUUAUUGCAUCCUAAUUACAGUAUAUUAAAAUGUGAAACUUUUAACUUGAUAUCUGCUAGAAGAGAACAUUAUUUGAGUUGGGAACCCAGGUAAUCUUUGUUAUAUUAAUUGGUGCAUGCUGGUUUCUGUGCUCAAAGUCGUACAUUCUGAAAUGUCAGGGCUGCAGGAAUUCAGCAUGUUUUCUAAGAGUGGAAAACCCUUAUUUUGCAGCCAUAUUGGAUAAUGCACAAUGAUUGCUUUUUAUGUAAGACACUGAUUUCAUAACUUAAAGGAGCAUUCCUCCAUACACAGAUCAUCAGGCACUGAACGACUACUGUGUGUAUUGGUAGAUGCAAAAAUCUUAAACAUUUUAGCAGCAUUGCUCUUGUUGCACUUUGGAUUUUAAGAAUUGCGAAGCUCCACAAAUUGCAUUAGUAGGACUGGCCUGCUGUCUGGACAAACUCUGCAUGAAUCACAUUGAAGCCACUGUUGCUUUCAGGUUACCUUGGCACAAGGAAAGGGAAAAUCCUGACUAAAAUAACAGGUUCAUGAAAAUCAAGUCCGCAAUGUCCUAAAUAUAGUGGGCAUUCUUAAACGUAAAGAUGCUGAUCUUUUGUUCAUAAUCAUUCAUCAGGAAUAACUUGAGUUAAUUUAAGGAUUUUUAUUGUCUGUUAUGAAGGAAUGCUCCUCUUAAAAUGCAUGAUCUGUGUACCUUCCAUUCUUGCAAAUGUAAAACACAACCUUUAAUCUUUUUGAUCUGAUUUUCUCAUUAUAAAUUGUAAUCCCAUUGUUUGAUACCUACAUUACUAUCAUGCACAUGUCCAUAUGGCAGAUUAGGUGUUCAGAUUUAUUGAAGGAUAGUGUUGGGUCUAUGGUACUCGGUAUUGUAACUUGUAAGUUGCUCCUUUUUAUUGUGAUAUAAUGAUAUGUGGAACUAGGUUGAGUACCUGUUACAUGAUUUAAGAAUGGAUGAUUCCCGUCAUGUAGAAUAUUAUGCUGAAUCUCUGCCAUAAUAUAUAGUGGGUAACAUGAUACAAAAUCUGAAUUGACAGAACUUUCAUGUAUCAAAAUUGAGUGAGAAAAAUGAUUAGAACUUAUGUCCACAUACCUACCGCAGCUGAUGGAAGUUCAUUGUUGAGUUUCAUCUCGAUAGUUUUGGAGCUGUUCAUUGUUAUAAUGCCUUGAGUUCUUGAAUGAUGUACAGUUGCAAUUAAUUCUAUAUCUGCUGAAUUUCAUUUAUUUCUAUCUGUAUAAGAACAUGAUCCACACCCUAAAGUUCAAAAAUGUGAAUUUUGAAGAUGAACUUUACUGUUUUUUAAAAUGAUGCUUGCUUUGGGGAAUUAUAUCCAUAUCAGUAUAACGUUAUAUCAAUAAUGCCUCACUCCCCAAGACAUCAAAAUAAAUUCCAGCUUGGAUAAGUGGGAUGGACAUUCUGCUGUCUCCCAACUGUUCAGGAAAUGAGAGUAAUCGGCUUGAACAGUCCCGAUUCAGCUCUUCGUUCACAUGACCCUAUUGCAUAGAACCACCUCGGAAUGUAUCAGAAAUUCAAAGACAUUCAAUAAGGUUGGGGUUGAGGAGCAGUAUCGGCACCAAAAGGGAAUUACUCUGAUUUUAAUCUGAGCACUGGAUAGUGGUAUCACUGGUUAUAAAAUUCAAAAUAGUCUUCUCUUUCCCCCUCCCCAUCCCCUCCAACAUGGACACCAUACAUCAUGGUCACAGUAUUCAUGAUUUGAUUCCUAAUACCCAAAAUAUGUUUUACUUUCCAUCUUUUCAGGUAACAACUCGGUCUUGUUUGAAAUGCAAGCUUGUUACCUCUAUCUUCAAACCGGUUUCAGCUGACUUAACAGAAUAUUUUGCUUCCUCCCCUCGUCAGUUCAGAACUGGUUAUGCUUCUGCUCGUGAAUUCUUACCUCAGUAUCUUUAAACCCUCUUUCAUUUCAGAUUUUGUUUUACUAAAAUUCACAAGAACUAGCAUGUAAAACAUUAUUGCACAUUUAUAAAUCAGGUUAUUUUAAAUUCCUAGAUUUAAAUUAUUUUGAGAUGUUUUGAAAACUUUAAAUUGAUAUGCUCGCCAAUUUCUUAUGAAAAUCUCUUCCGACUUGAUUUCGUUUGUCUUUACUUUCACUUAAGGAAGAUAAUGAUGUAGGCUGUAGCAUUUUCUCUGCCAAUACAUUCAUCAACAAUAUUUUUACAAAUCUUAACACUUAAAAGCAACACUUUUCUAUUUCCCCCCCAAAAAACAAGCAGUUGAUAAUGAAUUCCCUUUUCACAUCCACCUCUUCUCUCCCCCCUACCCCGGACCACAUUUUCACUUAGAAAAUGUAACCAUUCAUUCCUUUCCCUAUCAUCACUUAGAUUUCAAGAAUAAAAUCUUAAUCUAGAAAAUUGUUUACUUUUAAUAAAAUAAAACUUAUCCAUAAGCUAUAUAGGAAUAUGUUGUAAGUAAAUUGGAAUUCUUUUUUUCCUUUUUGAAAUUGAGUCCCAGGGGUGGGGUGGGGGGGAGAGCUUAGUGCGAUAAUUCUUUGUGAUCAUAAACUCUAAGCAUUGGUCUGUACUCUCCAUAAAUUUAAAUUACUUUAUCUUUUAAGCAAUCUUCUGGAAUUGUUUCACCUCUCCACUAUCAACUGAAGCGUCCUUAUGGGAACUUUCAAGUUAUGUGGAUCUAGUUGCUAAUCCAGCUCCUGAUGUACAAACGGGAAAUGGAAAAUUCACAUCAGCUCAAUUGGUAUCUAUAGGAGAACAUUGAGUUGAAGUUUCAUGUUGGACCCUUUAUCAGAUUUCCAAGAUUUGAAGUUUUGCUGAAGUAUUGUCCUAAAUUUGGGCCAGAUCAAAUUUACCUAAGUUUUUAGUUAUUUUUAAAAAUUGCCAAAGAGCACCAAUUUUUAAUUUAACAAACACAAACUUGCUCCAGAAGCACAUUAGAGUGGUGCACAAGCAGAAUACCAGUCAUUUGCAGCCAAAAUGCCACUAAAAUUUAUUUGUGCUUAAGCUAUUCUUUUUGAAAACUAUCCUUCGUAGCAUGUUUGUGUGAACUUCAACUAAUAUGUUGACUGCUUUUCGAAUGAUUUACAUGGCCACCUUUUGUUAGAAAUGCAUUUUACUUGGGAAUAUUUUUUAAAAUGUAAUGCCUUAUAUACUUAUACCAAGACUCGUGCAACAGAACAUUUGCCAGUCUAGAAAUGACUGUCUUUUGGGGGUGGGGGAGUGGGGAGAGGAUAUACUUUCAGACUUUUAUGGAACUAAAACUAUGUAAAAAUAUCCUUUUGAACAUUUAACUGUAGAAUAUAAUUUUUCCCCAAUUUUAUUCAUUAAAGAAAACUUAAAAGCA